AUGGUCGUUGGGCGAGAAAGGUCGGUUAGCGCCGUGGCCCGGACAGAAUCCCGCAGUCAGAAAAGGCGCAAGCAGCGAGGUCGCAUCAUUCCACAACCUGACCCGGGGGCCGCGAACAUGGAUCACAGUUCUGCGGGGAUGACACCGCCACCGACGGCACGGCCGAGGGGACCCGCAGACACUUCCGUAGCGCAGGACGAGAAUGCCACUCCAGUCUCCUCUGUCGGAGGCCACGCGGCGCUCGCGGAGCAGGCGACCACUCAGGUGUCGGAUGACCGCGCCUCGCCAUAUUCCUUCUUGCGCAUGCACACCGUGCUCUCCCAUGGCAUCGUAGACUUGCCCAACAGUAUUCAGCGAAACGAACGAUCGUUACGCGUCCUCCAGGAAGUUCGGGCAGCGAUGGCAUCGACCCUGGGGAGCGGUCCCCACGACAUGUCACAAGCUCGUCACGCCCUGGUGGACGAAGUGGAAUUCUUGACAGCGACGUUGUCUGAAGUGAACGCCGAAGUCCUGGACCUCCGGACGGCCCUGGAUUCGAGUCGGCGGGCCUUGGAUACGGCACACGCAGAACGGGAUGGGACCCACGACUUGCUACAAGAGGCUCAAGAGUCGCUCCGAUCCUUGGAGCAAGGGCAACACGACCUCCGGGAGCAGCGUGACCAAGCCCAGGUCAGGCUGAACGACCAGCAAGCAGAACUCCGGGACCUGACGAGUCGGUUGACGGCCCAAACGGAAAAGGCCACCGAGCUGGGGCAUCGAGUUCAGGAGGCGGACCAGGCCUUGGAAGUUAUGACCGCCGAGGUUAACGACGCCCGGAACUACACGGCGCAUUCGGCCAGGUUGGUCGCCGGAAAGGAAGGGGUCGUCAAGCUGGCGCUUCAGAACAAGUCGUUGGUGGUUGCCGAGAUGUCGGACCUUCGUCGCAGCCUCGAAGACGAGAGGGAAAACUCGGAGAAGGCGCGUCAGGAUCGGGAUCGGGCACUUACCACGGCGGGAGAACUCCAGGAGCAACUCAGAGUCGCUCAAGACCGCCUCGCGCAGCUCGAAGCGCAACCUCCCCGUUUUUCUGCCAGCAACCCGGCUUGGGACAUCCUACUGGCCGAGAACCAAGACCUCCGGGAGGCGGCCAAGACUCAGAAGGCGAGGGCCAAGGACUUCCGCGUUAAAAACAAGAUCCUCCGGAGCCAAAUCGAGGCCUUCCAGGCAGACGCAUUACGAAAGUUGGGGGCCCUGGAGUCCCGGGUACAAGGGUAUGCGAGCCAGGACCGGCGUCACCGCGAAGAGUUGGCCCAGUUGGAGGAAAAAGAGCGAGCGGACGUCGGCCCGAGCUUGUUGCAUGCCAACGAGCACUUUCAGGACGCCGUCCCGUCGUUUUGGGAUUGGGUCGCGCAACAUUUGCAGGUGUCCGGGGCGGCCGGUGUGGCGCCGCUGAUAGAGGCGUGGACCUCGAGUGAUCCCGAUCACUUCAAGUCCUGCAACGAGACCGUAGGCAUUUUUCCUGCCAAGGCCGCGCGCGGUUUGACGGAGCCCCUGCUUGGGCGAGUCCGGGGCCCGACGUUCAGUGCUUGGGUGAAUACGGCCCUCCCGGUUAUGAGGGAUGCGUUGAAGGAAUCUUCUACGCCAUCGCCGGGGGUCCCGGAGGCGGACGUUGUCGAGGCCCCCUCGGGCUCGGGGGCUAAGGGUUCGACCCUCCCAGGACCGGCGGUAGCCAAGGCACACGACCCGAAUCUACCCCGAGACGUUGAUGCGACCUAUCUGGCCGUGGCGUCCUCUAAGCCGUGGGAACAGUACAAAGCAGAGGAGUCGUUUAUCCAUUCGUCGUGGCGUCGACUUCCGCUGUGGGCAGAGCUUCAGGGACAACUCGAGGAUUUCUGGGAGAACCAUGUCCUCGCGCACUGGAACCGUCGUUUCAUGCGGGGGUCGGCCGAAGUGAAUGCCGAAGUCGAGGCGGCCAUGGGGCCAUUGGUGGGCAUUAUCGGAUGCCUAUACCGCAUCCUUCGGCGCCAUGGGACCGACUUGUUGCGCUUCCUUUGUUACCCCCAUUCGUAUUGGCCGGAUUUUCUUCGCGACGGGGUCUCUUUGAAGAUGAUGGCCUCGGUCCAGGGUGCUCGAUCCGUGCAGGAAUACUUGUCGUCGCAAGGUUCGGAAUUUUGGCCGGAGGUUCCGUCCACUUCUCGCACGGAGCCGUUCGAUCCCCCUUUCAUGGCCACUCUAGCCUUCCUCAAGGGGCGCUCGCUCCGGGAGUUUUGGUUGAAGAAGUUUGACCCCCUGAAUCCGGCGAACUGUUCCCGGGAAAGAGUGUCGCGAGUGUUGACGUGGUUGUAUGCUCAGGCCGAGGAGUGCCGACGCGCCGGCGCCUAUCAGGGGCGUUUCCCGUUCGUGGUGGGCGACCGUUCGCAUCCCCCCGAAGGGUCCCAGUGGGCACGUGGUAUGCCGCGCCCAGCGGGCAUUCCCCCCGCGGGGCAUGCGCCCCCAUUUCCCCACGUCACCGGGGUACCGAAAACGGACACUACGUUCGGCGCGUCACCAACCCUUUCAGCUUCCGGGGUUCAGAGUCCGCUCCUGGCGCCGGAGAUGGUGGACUUGUUGUCCAAUUCCGCUACGGAUACCGAUGAGGAGACGGUGAUCGUUGACCUUUGA